GACUAAAAUAAAAAUGUAAUUUCCAUUACUUGUUCUAGGCUAUUGGACAAUCCAAUAUAUUUUUAAACAAACAAUCACUUUUGUAAUAAAAUCUCAAAUAUGAGAUGAGAUUUAAAAGCAGUCGUUCAUCCUCAUAGAGGCUCCAUGCAAGUAUGCACGAAAUAACACUUCACUUAACAGGUUCUUUGUAGAGUCGACAGCGGGCCCACAGUAAACAAUCGCGGACAGUCCUCGCCCGUGCCCCGCGAGAGCCGCGCGCCUCGACGACACCGCAAAUGACCUAACAGGUGUCUGUCAUACUAAUUUAAAUAUCGAAUGAGAAAAAAAAGAAACAAGAUUCGUUCGUUUGCUUUUUUUAUUAUAUUUUUUUUCUCACAAAGUUUUAAUGUACCGUUGUGUAAAUUCCGUUAUACGUGUGUAUUGUGCUGUGGGAUCCAAUGGACUGUUCUCGUGGAAAAUGGUUUUAGACGCUUGCAUCUCGCAUGUAUUCCGUUUUUGACGUUUACAUGACGUUUCUAUUUGGCAUCCAAAUGUGUGUUUAAAUGAUAGUGAAGUGACAAAACGUUAGUGUUGUGCCUAGUGUUGUUAUUAUGUCGUGAAAACAGCUGUUACUUACAAUGUAUCGGCCGAAUUUCUACGAGAGCACGUGCUUUCGUUGCAACGAGAUCGUCUACCAAGUCGAUAGGGUUGGACCGCUGAAGGACUUCACGUUUUUCCAUAGUGGCUGCUUCAAAUGCGCUGUUUGUGGGACCAAGUUGACGUUAAAGACAUACUACAACAACCAGCACUGGACGGAAGACAAAGAGGUGUACUGCUCGAGCCACGUGCCUAAGAUCGGUCCGGGCCACCUGGACAACUCGUCCGUGGGCAUCCGCAGCGCUCUCAACGUUCCCCGGAGCAACAACUACGUCAACGAACAGAUCCGGGGCCUAGCCAGGAACAGCCACGAUAAUGAAUUCCUGUCAGCGGUAUCACCGACCCGCACGACGAACGGCAGCGCGCACGCGUCGCCCGCGCGGGAGCUGUCGCGUGACACGCCCGACUACCAGUACGGGCGGUUCGACGCGAGCGCACUCCACAUAGCGCAUGCGCUCAAACAAACAGAACUGCAGAAGGCAUACCACAGGCCGAGGGAGAAGCCUAUUGACUGCUAUCUGGAUCGCGAUGAACAAACCAAAUUGGAAAUGAAACACAGACAGGAGGAAGACGACUUGUACAGAAAAUUCUCGAAACAUCGCGAAGAAGAGAACAGAAGAAUACGAGAUGAAAUACAGGACGAAUGGGAGCGUGAACUGGAGAGGCUCACAAACCGGUUCCAGCAAGAGAUGCAAGUCAAGAAGAGGAGGCCGGACGCGGAGAUCGGAGCCCUGACGCUGCGCCACCAGCAGGAGAGGGCGGACCUGGAGAAGAAUAUGACCUUAAGGAGGGACAAGAAGAAGGAGAGUCUCACCAGGAAAAUGCUGGAGCAUGAGAGGGCAGCGACAGCAGCUCUCGUGGAGAAGCAGAGCCACGAGAUGAUGGAGCUGAUCCAGGAGCGUCGCUCGGAGUACAUGGCGGCGUCCUCGCUGUUCGUGGACGGUGAAGAGGCGCCGCCGUACCCCGCGCGCGCGCCGCCGCCGCUGCCGCCGCUCGUGUCCAAGUUCCACAUAUAUACCGAUCCCGCUGAGUUCGCUGAUGUCGAUAAGAUUGCUAUUUCUGUGGCACAAGAAGACCAAAAAACCUUCACAGAUCUGGUCCGGCAGCUUGUCGGGCGAUGCGCCAGCGACGUGGAGAAGGCGCGGACUAUCUUCCGCUGGAUCACUGUGAAGAACCUCAACAACAUCCAGUUUGACGACAACCUCCGAGGAGACUCGCCGCUCGGCCUGCUGCGGGGCAUCAAGCACGGGACCGAAAGUUACCAUGUUCUGUUUAAGAGAUUGUGCAGCUACGCGGGUCUCCACUGCGUAGUGAUCAAGGGCUACAGCAAGUCUGCGGGCUACCAGCCGGGGGUCCGCUUCGAGGACAACAGGUUCCGCAACUCUUGGAACGCGGUGUUCGUGGCCGGCGCCUGGCGCUUCGUGCAGUGCAACUGGGGAGCGCGACAUCUGGUCAACGCCAAGGAUGCGCCGAAGCCAGGGAACAGAGGGAAGAGUGAUAGCUUGAGAUACGAGUACGACGACCACUACUUCCUGACGGACCCCCGCGAGUUCAUCUACGAGUUCUUCCCGCUGCAGGCUGACUGGCAGCUGCUGAAGACGCCCAUCACUCUGCACGACUUCGAGGAGUUGCCCUUCGUGCGCUCGCUGUUCUUCAGAUACGGACUCUACUUCAGCGACCCUAAUACUAAGGCUGUCAUGUAUACCGAUUCGACUGGUGCGGCGACUAUGCGUAUAGCCAUGCCCGCACACAUGCAGAGCUCGCUGAUCUUCCACUACAACCUCAAGUUCUACGACACCGAGGGCGACGGCUUCGACGGCGUCAGCCUCAAGAGAUUCGUUAUGCAGUCGGUAGUAGGUAACGUGGUAUCGUUCCGCGUGCACGCCCCCUGCAGCGGCGCCUUCCUGCUCGACAUCUUCGCUAACGCCGUCACGCCGCGCGAGUACCUCACCGGCGAACCCAUGAAGUUCAAGAGCGUUUGCAAGUUCAAGAUAUGCUGUGCUGAACUUCAAACGGUGAUGGUCCCACUGCCAGACUGUGCGAGCGGGGAGUGGGGACCCACGAAAGCGACCAGACUCUUCGGCCUGGUACCUAUAACGCAUCAGGAGGCGCUGGUGUUCGCGGGUCGCGAGCUGGAGCUGCAGUUCCGCAUGUCGCGCCCGCUGGCGGACUUCAUGGCCACGCUGCACAAGAACGGCGUCGACGAGAAGCGCCUCUCCAAGUACGUGCAGCAGAACGUCGCCGACGACAUCGUGUCCUUCUAUAUCACCUUCCCUGAAGAAGGUCAAUACGGGCUGGAUAUAUACACGCGCGAGCGCGGCGGGCCCACAGCUAUCCACCAAAACGGCUCCACGGAGAAGGAGAAGCAUCUCCUCACACACUGCUGCAAAUACCUCAUCAAUAGCAGCAAACGAAACUAGACGACAUUGCUAGUGCUUACAGAUGUAUUAUAGACCUUAUGAUGUUUGAAAUAAGGUUCUUAAUGUUGAAUGCCAAGGAUCUUCUUGGUAAAGUAUGGGCUGACAGCGCCAUCUGUUAGUGCAAAAUGGAAUAAUAUGAAGAAAAUCAUUCUAUACAUUCAAUUCGGGGCGUCUGGUUAAUUCCUAAGGUUUUGAAGUUAAGAGAGCAUGCUGUUCUUAAAUAGUAAAUAGUCUUCCAAGGCAUGUUAUGAAACGCAAUUUUAAUGAUACGGAAUAAAUUUUUACCGAAUUGAAUGAAAAGGUUUGACUAAAUUCGGCUCGAGAGAGAUCAUCAGUAAGCACUUUAAGAACUUUGUUAAAUAUGUGUAAAGCAUUUCUUGUAUGAAACGUGUUCAGUAGCAGAAGCAAUGCAAUAGUAGUUUGUAGAUUCAUAUUGUCACAACCGUCGAUAUCGCGGCGCUAACAGGGGAAUUCCAUAGUCUGUCUGGAUUAUUAAAGUAAUUAUUGAUACAAAAAUACCAGCAAUUUUAAUUCAGACCAUGAAUUCCAUAAAAUUAUUAAGUUCUCAAACUUACUUUGGACGAGGAUUAGGUUGAAAUUAAAUAAAAAUCCAGAAAAAGAACGGAAAAGGACACUGGACAAAUUGAAAGAAAAACUAGACCCUUGUUGGCGCACGCGCGUUAAUACAACCAUACACAUGUCAAUUAAAAAAUAAAUAUACUCAAACCAUAGCAAGGUUGUGGAAAAGAGGUGUUCUGUAAAAUGUAAUGUUACAUAAAUGUAAGCUAUUUUAUAUGACUUUACCCAAAUGUAGAUACGUAAUAAUUUAGUAAUAAAAUCCGUCCGCUGAUAAAAAACAUUUAUUAUAGAUUUACGCUAACAUAUACAUAAAACAUAAUUUGUAAAUGAUAUUAUUCGAUAUUAUUUGAAUUUAAUUAGUUUAAGUACGGAAUAAGGUUGUGCGUGAGCAAUUUAAUUGCUUUUUUUGUACGUUAUUUUCUUUAUAUUUUUUGAAUAAUUUGUAAAAAAGAUUGAACCUUUUCUGUUAUGAGAUAUGCAUGAGAGCAGAUUAUUGUUGUGUUGUUACAUUCUCAACUCGUACUAAAAGUUUCGCUACAUUAAUGAGUUUUUGAUAUACAUUUUACAUAUAACUCAGAUUGCAUGUUAUAUUGCAUUUUUGUUUACAUUCUCUAGAUCUGAAAGCUUAGGACUGGUGCUAGCAAACUGGUGCGCGCCACUUUCAUUGAUCGUAAUUAGUUACAGAAUGUGUUGGAUCAUCUCAACUGUUCGAAUUCGAAUCACAAUUUUAAAAAACGACUUGUCAUCGACUAGCCAAGUCACUUGCCGAAGACAUCACCUGUUGCAAAGGAAGAAAAACUAGAAGCUCUCUUUGACAUCUGCUAAUCACCAGCCUAAGCCUUGACAUUUUGUGUCUAUAAGUAUUUCAUAACAUACGAUGGUUAGUACGCUUACUUGUAACAUGAGAAAUAGAUUGCUCUAUUUUAUUAAUAUAUUUUUAUUUACCUGUUAAACGCACAAAAUGAAAUGUAGCAAUUUAUUAUACUUAAAGCUAGAAUAGAUUUAACAUAACGUUUAAUUUAUACGACAAUAUUAUUAUUUUUAUAAACA